GAGCCGGUCAGCUGAAUUCCAGCAGCUGUGGGAAGGAGUAGAUGUGAACUGUGAGUUCCUUGUCCCUUCUGACCCACCCCCUUGGCUAGAUCAACAACUGUAUCAACGAGGACUUGAGUUUGUGAAUGAUAAUUAUGUUGGUAUCGUGAUGAGUAACGGAGAAGCUCUAGUUUCUGGUUUAUGUAUUCCAAGCUUUUAUAAAGCUCUUCUCUUCUCCGGUCAAACUAAUGCUAAAAGAGCAGCUUUAGUCUGAGUCGAAUAAAAGUUUAAGAACUGUCACAACAAUGCACAAACGUGUUGCAGAUAAAAUGAGGAGUGCAGGCGAUGAUUUUGAAGAAAUAGUUCGAAGUAAAAGUGAACCCAUUGUAGAACAAGAUCAAGCGGAAAUACUUUUCGCGGAUUUAUUCCAGUUACGCCUUCAGUCACGUGAUACAUAUCCAGAAUACGAAUACUUUGUAAACAAUAAGCUGAAGUUUACCCAGUUUGACAUGGUGUUGGUUCAAAUAGCAUUCUUCGGAGGCGUUCUGCUUUACCCUGAGUGGUACGGGUUUAACGGCUCAGAUGAAGAAUUGCGGGGUUUCUUGCAUGUUUGGAGAGUUUUUGGUUACUAUCUUGGAAUAACUGAUAGAUUUAACGGCGCCCAGUUUGAUGUUGAAGUGUGUCGAAGGCUUGGUUAUGAAUUGAUUGAGUUGAUAAUUAAACCAUCAUGUCUUAAUAUUGAUUACCAAUCUAUCUAUCUCGGGCAGAAGAUAUUUAAAUAUCCGGCACAAUAUUACGUUUGGAUUUACAGAACCUAUUGUAUGACGGGAUUAGAGUUGGGUCAGCUUUGGAAAAGUUUUACCUGGAAACAGUGCUCUUCGUAUUAUAUCAGGUCUUGGUUCAGUUCCUACAUCUAUCCUUGGAUUGGAAUAAAGCAAGUUUUCAACAAAAUAGUGCUCACAUCACUCAACGUUUUCUUGGAAAAAUUUAAGAAAAAAGAUUGAUUUCUAUUAAAAAAUUAUUUAAAUUGUAAAUUAUGUAUAUUUGAUAUAUCUAUUAUUAAUCAUUAACACUGAGAUCCGUGAUUAUCAGGGUUUAAAAAUACCAAAUUAUGAUGAACAAACUGAAACUAUUCCGGG